GUCAUUAAUAUAGACAUUAAGCAGCAGGUCCUGGGUUCACAAAGGGGACUUAGCUAUUUCAAUGCUGAGCAUUGCAAUGCCUAACCCCUAAGUACUCUGCCUUUCAGUGGAAUUCACAGCUCCGAGGAAAUGCAUCAUUUUGAGGAGGAACUAACUUGUUCCAUUUGCUAUAGUAUAUUUGAAGACCCACGUGUACUACCAUGUUCUCACACAUUUUGUAGAAAUUGUCUGGAAAGCGUUCUUCAGCUAUCAAGCAACUUUUCCAUAUGGAGACCACUAAGACUUCCACUGAAGUGUCCCAAUUGUAGAAGCAUUGUUGAAAUUCCUCCAUCUGGUACUGAGUCAUUACCUAUCAAUUUUGCAUUAAAGGCUAUCAUUGAAAAAUAUCAGCAAGAAGACCACCCAGAUGUUGCAACAUGUAGUGAACAUUAUAGGCAGCCAUUAAAUGUCUAUUGUCUUUUGGAUAGAAAAUUAGUAUGUGGCCAUUGUCUUACAAUAGGUAAACAUCAUGGUCAUCCCAUAGAUGACCUUCAGAGUGCCUACAUGAAAGAAAAGGAGACUCCUAGGAAACUCCUCGAGCAAUUAACUGAUGAACAUUGGACUAAUGUAUGUUUGCUCAUUGAAAAGUUGGAAGAACAGAAAUCUCAUUAUGAAAACAUUGUUCAAGAUGAUAAGAAAGCUGUAUUGCAAUAUUUUAAGAAACUUAAUGACACACUGGAACAUAAAAAGCAAGCUUUGCUAGCUGCUUUGGAUGAAGUUAAUGCUCACAUUUCUGAAGAAUAUGCACCACUCGUUGAAAACAUGAAAAGAAUCAGAGAAGAACAGCUUGAUUUAAUGUCGUUGAACACAUCUGUUCAAGAAGAGGAGUCUCCACUUCUUUUCCUUGAGAAGGUUGAUGUUGUGCGCCAACGCGUAAAAGCUUUGAAACAAAAGCAACUACCAGAUAUCAAACCUGUUGAAGUUUAUCCACGAAUAGGACAGCUAUUGAAGGAUGUGUGGUCCAAAACUGAGAUUGGUCAGAUUAACAAGAUCCUCACUCCAAAAAUAAAGCUGAUUUCAAAAGGGAAUUUAUGCCCCAAAGGCAGUGAGAAGGAAAGAGGACAGUCUAAGGAAUUGCUCCAGUCUAUAAACCCUCUAACAGUGAUGCUAAUUUCUAUGAUGAUAGUGAUAAUUGUGAUUUCAUUUAGUAAACCUGUAUUGUCAGUUGUAAAUGAAGUAACUUUGAUCUAUAUUUCAGACAUCUUGCAGUUUGUUUAUCAAGAUCUAUGCAACAACUUGCAGGCAAUAAUGGAAAUGCUAUGCCAUACAUCUAAUUUCCUGAUGGAAUUCAUGGGGAGAAUUGUUUCUUUUUCUUUCUGAGUGUCUGAAAUACUGAGAUUAGCAGUUAGAAUAAUUAUAAGAAUCCUCAUUAUGUUUGAACUAUUGUACAAGGCUCUUUUUUUUUUUACUUUCUAUGUAAAUGCUAUUGAAAUAAUAGAUCCUUUACAAAAAAUUUAAACUGGUUCUCUAGAUUAAUUAGUACCAAAAUCAUUACACCAGAUUCUCCCCAUCUGUAGAAAUAUGUGAAGUAUGAGACUGAAGAGUGUGUGGGGCAGGGUUCUCUCUUAAUACCCCUAUUUUUCCCUUAUCUUUCCCCAUCCUUUGCUCCCACUACCACGCCCAUUUCCGAAUCUCUGCUUUUUACUGAUUAUCAUUCAAUUCAAUGACAGGUGGAUGGUAAUUCCUCCUAAAGUAGUACGUACCACUCUUCAGUUGCAUGUAAAAGGUCACAGUCAAAUACAUUCCUCCUUCAUCAGUUGCCCAUACUAGUUUGUAAUGUAGGAGAGCCUAAAGAUAUGAAACAUAAAUCUCUGGAAAAAAAAUCAAGAACAAAUCAGAAUUGAUCCAUAUUAUCUCUAAGAAAGCCAUAAGUUCACAAAUUCCAACCUGGGAAAGGCAGUUUCCAACAGACUGUAACUACUUCUCAAGCAUCUACUACCCAGUCCCUUUAAACUAAUUCUUUAGGUAGGGUUUUGCUAAAACUAACACAGAA